GUCCCAUGAGCCGGCCCGGCUAAAUGAUCAAGCCAGAAAAAUCUGUGCUUCGAGCAUUGCUCCUGGGAUCUCUCGUCGUGUUCAGCUACUACUGCAUCCACAAGAAGGCGCUAACAGAUAUCGACAGCCAGCAUGGAUUCGCCUACGCGUCUGGCACAAACAGCAGCAGCCCGACCCCUACCUCUAGUCCCCAAAACUCCACAAAAGCCCCGCCCACAGAGCCAACUCUAUCGAGUACGAACGGCCCAGCAGAGAGGAAGUACGUUGUGAAGACGUCGGGGUGCAAGAUACCGGAUUUCGAUCCCUUCGAUGACAGCGUGCGAAAGUUCUACAAGAAGGUCGGUCGUUACAGUUGCAAAGGAAAGCCGUCUUUCAUUCGUUUCGUCAACAGGACCACGCCGAUCAGCGACGACAUCGCUCUCGGGAAAACUUUCAAGCUCAAGCGGAGGGACAUCAGUUGCUUUUACAGGGAGAUAUACCGCAACGAAUCCAUAAAAUAUCCAGAUUUUCAUUUCUUUUUCACGCCAAACACUACACUUGAAUUUGGAAAGCCGAUAACGGCGGAGUACAUACACGUGCAAUGCUUUGCCGGGAAGAAAGAGUUCCACCAGGAGUUUUUCCUCCUACCCUUACUGAAGGCCGACGUGGAAGAACGCUGCGAGCGGACGAGACAGCAGUUGAACGACACCGGGAGCGGGCUAAACGUUCUCGUUCUGGGAAUGGACUCCGUGUCUAGGUUGAACUUCAAUCGCCACUUGCCAGCGACUGGCAAGUACAUGCGUGACGUCCUUAAGGCCUACGAGCUGUUCGGCUACAACAAGGUGGGACUGAACUCGUUCCCCAAUCAGACGCCGCUUCUGACCGGCCUUUCGGGACCCGAAGCAAAGAAUAUUUCCGUCAAAAAGUUUUAUGACGGGCUGAACUUUCUGUGGAAGGAUUAUAGGAAGAAAGGAUACCGGACCGUUUUCUACGAGGAGCAGCCAAAGUACGGCCUCUACACGUACUUGGCCAACGGGCUGAAAGACACCCCGACCGACUACUACGCACGCCACGCCAUUAUGGCCAUCGACAAGUCAAGCCUGAAGAAGAAUGGUUACUGUCUUGGUCCGAGUCCGCCCUUAGACAUGUACCUGGACUACAUGCUGAAGUUGAUCGACCUGUUCGACAAGCGUCCGUUUUUCGCGUACGUCUGGAUGAGCGAGCUCGCUCACGACUACCUGAACAUGGCCGGCCACAGCGAUGCGCCUUUUAGGAACGCCAUUGGCAAGCUUCACGACCGAGGCGUCCUCAACAAUACGGUGCUGGUGUUUCUUAGCGAUCACGGACUCCGCUUCGGUUCUCAGCGACAGACGUACAUCGGCCGCUUCGAAGACAGUCUACCAUUCGCCUUCCUGGCUUUCCCGGACUGGUUCCUACGGGAGCAUCCCGAAUUCGCCGAAGGAUUGAGAGUGAACCAGCGGAGGCUGGCCACUCACUUUGACGUGCACGCCACACUGCUGCAGCUUUUGAGCUCAGAGCUGCCCAAGACGGUGACCAAGCACGGCCAGAGCUUAUUCUACGAGCUGCCGGAAGACAGGAACUGCGAAAGUGCCUCUAUUCCGAGCCAGUUCUGUACGUGCGUGCGGUCCGAAGUGUUUCCAGUUCGCCAUCCGCUUUCGCAGAAAGUCGCCCGUUUCGUCAUCGCCACCGUGAACGCUCUUGUGGAAAAGGAGAUGAAGGGAAAGUGUGAGCAGUGGAAGCUCAAAUCCCUUCUGGACAUUCGCUUCUACCCGAACGAUACACUUGCGACCGGUAAGGCCAAUAGCACUGACAGCACAUACUGGGUCAAGUUUUCGGCCCUGCCCAACGACGCGCUCUUCGAGGCGACCGUGAAGCAUUCUGUGGACUGGAAAGUGUCGGACUUUUCGCUCAUCCAGCAAGCAGACCGUUUGGACUGGUACAGUUCGCAUUCAAAGUGUGCAAAGGGGAACAGGUGGGAGAAGUAUUGCUUCUGUAAGAAAAGUUGAUAUUUACAGUGGAAUUUCUUACUUUGAAUGAGUUUCAAUUGUUAGGAGCAUUUUGUAGGACGUCAAGCUAAAGGGGAUAGUGCCUUUUUACAGGCCGCGUGCCAGAAAGUGCUAUUCGCCCGAACUGUCCGCGACAAUGACUCCGCGCGAACACCGAUCCUUUUAGUCUGUGAAAGUAGAUAAAAGCGAAACCAAUAUCAUAGACAUGCAUCUUGAUAAAGGAGCUGCAACAAGGUGUGGAGUUGGGCUAGAUAAAUUAACAAAGCUGCGUGAAAAAAAAACAAA